GGGGCCUGAGUCUACACCUGAACCACCCCCACCCCCGCAAUGACCAGGGGGUGAAGGUCCUGCUGACCACUUACAACCUCCUCUCCAGCCCCAGAUUUCUGAAGACCUGUCCCAGUUCCAACGUCACUGUGCCACAGGGACCCCCAUCAAUGCUGGCUGCGUCUCUCCCACUUCUCUCCACGGCCCCCAAUUUCACUGUGUGCGAAACCGAAGUUCCAAGCCUUGGAGAACUGAAGCAGGUUCUCUCUAAAACCCGAAGGGUUUCGAAAUCGCAGCAACUGCAGAGGAGGGAAGCCGGCACACGGACUGGGCUGGGGGCACGGCGCAGGGUGGCGGCGGGCAAGUCGUGCUCCCUCGGGGAAGGAGUCUCCAUUGCCCCCCUCGUCCCCUGCCAGCGCAGCCGGGGCUGGACAUCCCCGGCCCCGCGCCGCGGAGGCGCCGCCGCGUCCCGGCAUCGAGCCGGGAAGCUGGGGCCCGGGCGGAGUGGGGUGGGGCGGAGGGGCCCAGGGGCUGGAAGCAGCGCCGAGAGGGCGCGGCCGGGCACGGGCCCGGGCUCCGGGCAGCGGGCCGCCCCGAGGGCGGAGGGGAGUGGCCCGCCGCGGCCUUAUUUCCUCGAGCGCCGGCGCAGCUCACUUGGAGCCCGUCCGUCGAACGCCGCGCCCGCCCGCGUCCAUGCCGCCCCGCCUGCAACCGCCGCCCGCCUCUGGGACCAGGCGCCCGCGCGCCGCGGUUCUGCCGCUCGCGCUGCUGCUGUCGCUCGCCCUGCAAGGGGUGGCGGCGGCACCCGCGGGGGCCGGGGAGCCCGAGGACUCCCUUCGGCGCCGGGACCCGGAGCUCCCGCGCGGACUCCUGGAGCAGGCGGCGCGCGCAGCGCUGCACUUCGUCAACUUCCGCGCGGGCUCGCCCAGCACCCUGCGCGUGCUGGCCGACGUGCUGGAGGGCCGGGCCAGGCUGUGAAUGAAUGGAUUAGCUUUGCACCAUGUGGCUGUAGCAACCCUCGUGCCAGCUGCAGAGGGAGGACCACCCAACCUGAAGAGGUUGGCUCCAUGCCGGGAACAGAACUUCUAAAUUCGAAACCACGUAUAGUUAAUCCAAAGAAGGAAUGUCAGGUUGACCUGGUGUUUACCACAGAUCGCUAUAACCCAGAGGAAGGUGAGGAACGUUUGGGGAAAUGUUCUGCUAGAGUGUUUUUCAGGAAUCAGAAACCCAGACCGGCCAUUAAUGUGACUUGUACACGACUCAUUGAGAAGAACAAAAGACAACAGGAGGAUUACCUGCUUUACAAGCACAUGAAGCAACUCAAAACCCCCUUGGAUGUAGUCAGCAUACCUGAUAGCCAUGGACAUAUUGAUCCCUCUCUGAGACCCAUUUGGGAUUUGGCUUUUCUUGGUGGCUCUUAUGUGAUGUGGGAAAAGACAACCCAGUUUUUACAUUACUACAUGGCACAGCUCAGCAGUGUUAACCAAUGGAAAACAAAUGACGAUGCAAUUGAUUUUGAUUACACUGUUCUACUCCAUGAAUUCUCAACACAGGAAAUCAUUCCUUGUCGUAUUCACUUGGUCUGGUACCCUGGCAAACCACUUAAAGUGAAGUACCACUGUCAAGAGCUACAGACACCAGAAGAAGCCUCUGGAACUGAAGAAGGUUCAGCCGUGGCACCAACAGAGCUCAAUAAUUUCUGAAAAGAAAAAAGGUCUGCUUAUACCAAAUUCUAAACAAAAUGACUCUAUUAAAUAGUGUAAAUCAUUAUUCUGGCAAAAUAGGUAAGGUAUAAAGUAUUGUAAUAUUUUUUAGAAAGCCUGCAAUUAUAAUACUUAACAAUUAAAAGAUGCUGGGGUUUUGUUUUUCGAUUGGUUUGGUUUAUUUUGUUAAUUCUGGGAACACAGGCAUACUGAACUCUGCUCAGCGCUAAACAGUUUACUCCACAAGUUUCUCAGGGUUUCAGCCCUAAAAUGUAAAAGAAGAAUCAAUUGGUAUAUACUGUAAUUGGAUCAAUAAGUAUUUAGCAAAACAAAAAUUGAUGGUCUUACCUUUAAAGCUGUAUUUCUCAUUAGUUUGAACAUAGCAAAGCCAACUAUUUUCUGUUGCUAAAUUCCUUCUACUUAGUAUAUAAAAAAUAUAAUAUAGUUCAAUGAAAGCAAAUUGCAGGGAAAAUAAUACCAGUUUAGAACAAACUUUAAUUUUUUUUAUCAUUUCAAGCAAGUAUUCUUUUUUUGAUAUCUACUUUUCUAUAUAAAAUGUGUUCAGUGUGUGUUUAUAGAGAUUUGUAUCCAUAAGCAAAAUUUGUGCUAAACUGAAUUAAAUGAACUCUUAAUAUUGCUUAAUUCAAAUUUUAUAAAUAAAGUGUUUCAUGGAUAAA